AUGCUUUUUCAGCUCCACUCCAAUCACACUUUUGUGAUUUUCGACGUGAAUAGUGAAGAUGAAGGCCUCUACUAUUGCAACGUUUCCAACAAAUAUGGACUUAAUCGAGCUACCAAUCGACUUCAAGUCUUCAGUGAGUUUUACUGUAAAAAACUCUAUCGGUCACUUAAGAGGCUCCUCAAGGGAUGUUUGAAGGGAACUGAAGCGGCCACUAGAACACUAUUUUGCGUGUUAGUGGUCAUUGUAGUAGUUUUUAGGAGUCUAGUAGUACCAAUUAGACUUCUAAAUUGGUCACUUAAGUGGCCACUAAAAUGACUACUAUGGUGGCCCCUGGAACGACCUUUAUAGAAGUUUAACUUCUAAGUGGCCACCAUAGUAGUUCUCAGAGGUUGAUUAGUAUCACUUAAACUUCUGGAGAGCCAAUAACUCGACUACUAUAGGGGCCUAGAAAGCUUCAAAGCCCUGAAGAGGCCACUAAAAAAUUUCUCUAUUUUUCUACACCAUUUCGCAAUUUUUUGGAAAGAAAAUGUUAUUUUUGCCUUUUUGAGGUGAAAACAUGAUUCAUCGAUUUCCGGAGAAAUUCAGCUCUUGUGUCAAUAAAAUCUAUAUUUUUUUGGACUGAAAACAACUGGUGAAUGAAAAAAAAAUCACAGAGUAAAUAGACUUUUUCGAGAAAAAAAGGCUCGAAGCUUCGAAGUAACCUUUUUUAAUGGAUUCUGAGAUUCUGAGGACUUCUUUUGACGUUGAGGUCUUUAUCUCCUGAAAAUUAGAAAUUCAUUACUGUUAAAAGUUUCUUUCCUUUACAGAGCCGACGUACUUCGUGAGGAUCCCAUCCCCGAAACGAUUGGUCCUGGAAGCCGGAGAAACGGCCGAAGUUCUCUGUGAAGCGAUUUCCGACCCCCGACUGCCCAUCACCUACAAAUGGACUGUAAACGGGAAAUUGCUCAACGAGUCCAAGGCUUACGAGUUCGUUUCAAGAGUUUUUUUUUUGGGUCUUUAGGAGUUUUUCAACUGAUUUUUUGAUUUUUUUUUUGGCCUCCUGAUUUUCCUGUCAAAAGUCUUACAAGUCUGUUGAUUUUUAGGGAAUAAAACUGUUUUUUGAGCUCCAGUUCAUUCUUCUGACCUCAGACUGUGACAAAAACUAAGACUUUUACCAAGUUAUAGAAAAAAAUAGAUUUUUCCCUGUAAGUGGCAAAGUUGACAGGUUUUUGAAGUCGAAUACGUUAAUUUUUCAACUGGGUUUUCAAAAUUUAUUAUUUUUGUCGAGUUUCGCCUUUUUUCAAUGAUUUUGAGGUCUCAUUCUUUCUGAGGACAGUUUUAAAAUCUCUAUUUUUUUGUUCAUUAGGAAGAUUUCUCCGAGUUCUUCCCAAAUUAGCGUUUUAUUUAAACUUUUCUCAAUUUUUUAAAAAAUCAUAAUUUACUUAUUGGUCUUUGGGGUCCAAGAAAAACGAAGCAAACGAUUGAGAAGUUGAAAAGUCAAUAAUUUUUUCUCAGAAUCCUGCCUGAUCGACUCCGAUUGAAGUCCGUUCGAGGACAUCAUUCCGGCUUGAUCGAAUGUGCUGCUAUCACUGACGUAGAUGUUAAAGUUGCCGCCAUGCAACUUAUCGUCAAAGGUUCGGCCUUUUUUCAUGGCUAGAAGACCUUCUGAAAACAUCAAAAAUCGGUUAUAAGUUUUCCUAAAAAGGUUUUUUAAAAAACUUUUUCCAAACAAAGACUUUAAUCAAUUUUUUGUCACUUCUCGACCAAAUAUUCGUGGUCUUCCUCUUUUUUACAGUGCAUUUUGACCUUUUUAAAGUCUUUCCUACCAAAAAGGUUAUGAAAAAUGAACUAACAGGAGGUUUUUAACACGCAUUCUCCCAGAAAAUCGAACAAAUGCGAAAAGUUUUGGUACAAAAAUUUCAUCUUUGUUCAUGAGAGCUCUUCUUGCUAUCAUAGAUAGUAAGCAACCUCUUGAAUAUUUAGAACCAGGUUUUAUUAGGCUCCGCCCACUUUCAGGCUUACUGUAAAAAAAACACUGUAAAAACCAAACUUUUUUCCUAGUGGAGCAAAUUGGUCCAAACCAAUUUUAAAACAAAAUCUGUUCCCAUAUGAACAUUUAUAGUUAUAGAAAUGACCCGGAAAAAAUUUUCUUUCACAAGAAAAAAAUUCAAGCUUUUUGAAAAAUGACGAUUUUUUCAGUCUUUGAGUCAUAACUAGUACUGGAACCCCCGAAUGCCUGGAUUUUUUUUUUAAUCGACCCAUUAGGGUCUUGUGGGUAAAGGAAAAAUGUCUAGAAACUCUGAAUCCGGGUGAUCCAGUUGACCUCCAUUUCGGAGAACGCGUGUUAAAUGUUUUCUUCCAGGAACUUUAUGUCAUAGGUUCUUCUGGAUUUUUCAGCAAUUUUAUUUUUUCAAAGUCCUUUUCAGUUUUUUUCUGUCAAAAUUGACUUUUUUCAGACGUUCCCGCGUCGCCGACCUUUGAGACGGUUCAAUGCACGGAACGGAAAGUGAUCCUGAAAUGGAUUCCCGCUGCUGACCAUGGCGACGUCAUCAAGAAGUACGUCGUCGAGAUGUUCACCGACUUUCGAAAGGUUUUCAGAAAAAAAAAUGAUCUUAUCAUUUUCAUCUUCUUCAGGGCGAAUGGUCGACGGUGGUCGAGGAAAUCAACGUGAAUCGAGAGAAUUUCGAAGUCGACGUCACCCUGACGCCUUGGGUUGGUUUCAGACAAAUGUUGUAGUGAAAGAGUCCAAAGAAAUUUCGAUUUUGAAAUUUUUGUCGAAACAGUAACUUAAUCUUCAGCUUAAAAUUGUCUUUUUAUCGAGGAAAAUAUGAAUAUAAAAUGGAAGUGGAAACGGUCGGUUCGGCAUUUUUAAAGAUUUUUUUAUUUUUAUUAAAGUCUGAAUAUUAAGGAUAGGCUCUUAUUUUUUGAUGUUUCCAAAAAUCUAAAGAAUAUUCAGAAAAGUUGGAUGAAAGCCUGAAAAUCAGAAUUCAAAGAUUAACUAACCUGAAGAGGAACCAGAGAAAGAGAGUAUUCUAACUUCUCUAGCGUCUCUUCAGAACGAUAUUGAUCUCUCCCUCAUGUUUUACUAUCUGCCGGAGAUCAACGGACACUUGAAGAGACGCCAGACAAAUGAGAUAUCUCUCUUUCUCUGGUGUCUCUAAAGCCUGACUUAAUCUCUCACUCCCUUUUUUCUAGUUCCAAGUUCAAAAGAGAAAUUCGUCCUGAAGUUACCUGAAAAUUCUGGAUUCCAGGUAAACUACACGUUCCGCGUUGUCGCCAUCAACUCCCAUGGCCGGUCGGAUCUUCAUAUCGAAGGACAGCCGCCAGGUAACUUAUGACGUCAUUAAAAAUAUCAGAAAGACGUCAUUUAGAGCAAUGGGCGACGUGCCACACGCGUCCCUCGUUCCCUUACACGAAUCCGUCGGGAGUCCGAGCUGAAGGCAACGAACCGGACAACUUGGUCAUCUACUGGAACCCCAUGGACAAGUACUACUGGAACGCCCCCAACUUGCAGUAUAUGAUCAGGUUUUCCAUGAUCAAAGGAAAAUGAACGUUUUCAUGAGUUUAGGUACAAAUUGGAUGAGCCGGACCACGGUUGGACCGAAUUUUUGGUCGAGGACUCCUUGGCGGUCGGUUUUUUGGUUUUGGAAAGAAAAAUGAAGUGAUAGAUCAUCAAUAGAUUUUAGUGUCAUAAUUCCAAGAAUAUAGGUCUUUUUGACUUUUCAAGUUCGCUCCAUUGCGAAUAUUUUAUUUUUCGAACGGUCCACUUAGGAUUCAUUAUUUCCAUUGAAAGUUUGAUAACGCUGGGCUUCAAAAAACCCUUUUUUCUUCUUAUGAAAUCAGAUUUUCCUGAUACUUGAUAAUUUUCUGAGCACUACCUUUUUUGAAAAUUGAUGUAAAAUAUGUAAAAUAGUUUGUAUAGUCUGCUCAGAAUUUCACUGUCAAGCUCCGCUCCUAAUGGCUUGACAAACCAAUCAGAAAGCGAGCCGCCCACAGAGCAUUUUUGAAUGACGUCAUCGCUCAAGCUCCGCCCCUAAUUACGUGAAAAACUAAUCAAAAAGCGAGACAUAUACAGAGCGUUUUUGAAUGACGUCAUUGGCGCGCCGUAGCGCAACAGGUUGUGUGCCUGUCUACGGUCCACAGGGUCACAAGUUCGAUCCCCGCCCCGACCCAACCAAGGGGUUUAAGAAAUGUUGGUAGUGGGAAACCACGACUUCAAAAUCCCCAGCCGUCACACACAAGGGCGGAUAUGUCACUGGAGCCAGUCCACUGAUAUCAGGAUAGGACCUCGGCUCAUCGACUUGGGGCGCCGACGCCGCUCAAGCGGUACAAAGGCGUAGGAAGAAGAAGAAGAAGAAGCUCAAGCUCCGCCCCUAAUUACGUGAAAAACUAAUCAAAAAGCGAGACAUAUACAGAGCGUUUUUGAAUGACGUCAUUGUACUUGACAUUCGAAAUUUGAACAAACUAUGUUUUUGAGAGACAAUGAGUUGUAUUGAAAAACUGUUGGACUAUAAUUUUUAGAAAAAUAUUUCUUUAUUGCAAUUUUCAUUUUCAAUCAUAGUUAAUCACAAAUUUUUGCGUAAAAUUGCCUAACGGGGGACGUUUUUUAACCCCCGGAGACCAAAAAAAUCUCCUAACGAGAAUUUGAUUUUAGAACCACACGAUAAUCCGAGAACAGCCAACUUUCCGACCGUAUAUCGUCCAAGUCAGAGCCGUCAACGCGAUCGGACCAAGUAUCGUGGAACCGGAAACGAUCAGCGGCUUUUCCGGAGAAGAUUGUAAAAAAAAACUGGAAAUUAUAAUAAAAUCCUUCGAAUUUAGUCCCGGAUGAGCCGCCCGCCGAGUUUAAAAUCGAAAAAAUUGUCAAUUUCACAACCGCCAGGUUUUUAUGGACCCCCGUGGAUCCAAGUACGGUCAAUGGGCACUUUGAGGGUUAUGAGGUUGGUUUUGAAGAUAAAAAUCAACUUUUUUGUAAAUUUGAAGAUAAUGGGCGCAUAGCCACUGUAGUAUUGGCACUUUGCAAAAAAUUUUAUUUGUGUUUUUAUUUAUUUUUUAAUUUUUGUUAUUGACGUUGUAGUUGGAUGAAUAAGAAUGUAAGAAACUGUGUUUUUUUUUUUAUUUUCCCGACAAAAACCUCAAAAAGUUACUAUGUCCUUUGACCAUGAAAUCAGCAAAACUUGGCUAAAAGUUAAAAUAUCUUCCCUAGAUUGAAUAUUGGAACCGAGCCAAGCCGGGAAGGAAGUUCUACAUCAGGACGGAUCGAAACACGACCACCGUCAUUGUCAACGAUUUCGUGGCUAAUACCAACUAUUCGGCGAUUAUUCGGACCAAAAACAAGAGACUCCAAAGCUCGCCCAGCGCCGAGAUUGAGUUCGAAAUGCCGGAAGGAAGUGAGUAAUGUGGUGAAAUAGGAAAAGAUGCUCUUUUGAAAAAUGAAACGGUGCCGUUAGGGUCCUUAUAGGGGUCUCAUUGGGGGUAUAAAAUCAGGGUUUUUUUUUUUCUCGGAAAAGGAAAGUUGUCGAAAUUCUUUUUUGAAAGUUUUUAGGGUGAACUUUUUUUCCCGCAAAAGUUGAAAAAGAUCAACUUCUCUCAUACUUAUAAGGGCUCAGCAGCCGGGCUAACAUGGUAUUUUAGUAUUUUAGCGGGUGUGCCCGUAUUAAACCCGUUUAAGCACAACUGAGGUACCACUUUAGCACAGUUUAGCUUCAGAUUUCCGGAAAAAAAACACAAAAAACUGGGUUUUCCUUCUAGCACUCCUUACACCCCGUUUCAGCACAACUGAGACUCACAUUGCCUCAAAAAAACACGGGUUUAAUACGGGUAGACCCGUUGAGACAUCCGACAAUGAUUUCAGUUGAUGUCGAUUUUUGGGUUUUUUUUGCUGACACGAAGCUUGAAAAUGGAUGGCCUAAAUUAACUUCUAUGACUUUAGUGCGUUUAACUUUUUCCAAGCGUUUUUAACACGUAAGAUUUGAUUUUUCUACUAGUUCUGUCAAGAAUAAAAGAGAAAACGUUGAUAAUUUGUUCCAGUACCAUCGAAAGUCCACAACUUCCGUGUUCAUUCGGUCGGCUCUACAGCCAUGCUUCUUUUAUGGGAACCGCCUUUGCAGCCGAACGGCCGGAUUCUUGGAUACUUCAUCUCGUUUCACAAUGAUCGGAGUGAGUUUUAAGCCCAAACAAAAGGCGACUGGACUUGAGAAGACUGAAAGGCAAAAGACGGAAAAAAAAAUUGAUGUUUUGAACAAUUCGGGGUGCUCUAAAAUACGAACAGUUCUGUCAGAAAUAAUACGAGAAAACGGGUUUUUGACAACAACUUUCUUGUAUGGAAUUCAAAUUUUCUGCAACUUUCUGAAGUUGUGAUGACCGUUGAACUGCUUCACCAUACAUUGUUUCCCAACGCUAGCUGUCACUCCGGGACGUAUUGGACAACGAUUGUGGACCGUAACCCGCGCCGACGACUAACUCUUCGAUUAUACCAUGAUUCAGCAGAGAUUUUCUUCAUCUUACUCUGAAGACUGAAUAAAUUGAAAAUUGAAUUGAUGACCGUUAUUCGUAACACCAUAGUGAAACUCCAGUUUGCGAAAAAAAAUCGCAGCUUAGAAGGUUUCAAGAAGAUUGAGUUCCUUAAAAUGAGGUGUAAGGGAAGACAUUUUUGCAUCUUUUCUGAAGGUACUGGUAUAAGCAAAUUUUCAUGGAUUCAUCAGAACUGUGGUUUUCUUUUGUACCAUAAUACUCAAAAAACCUCCGGCAGGUUUUAGGAAGGUAACCAGCAGGAGGUUGGAAGGUUAAUGGAAACUCUAAGGUCUUGAGAAAGUUUUCAGAAGGUGGUUGGAAGGUGAAAUUAGUAAAUUCUUGCCAGAAGCUUUUUGGAAGCCUGAACCCCUUUGUCUUUUUCUUGUUAGCCGUUUUUUUUUCUAAAAUUCCACAGAUUCGAGUACAAUUUCCUUCGUUUUACAUAGGAUUUUUGAUCUGAAACGAUUUAUUUUAACUGAUUUUCCAGACGAAACGGAAGAAACUUACGUGAUCCACAAACAACGUCACUAUCUACACGAGAAAAGCCUUCCGGACACUGGAUACAAAGUUUCGGUUUGGGCCGAAACGAGAGCCGGCGAAGGAGCCCCCACGAUGAGACCCGUCAGGACCUGGCCGCCGAGAAGUACUCCAGCUCUUAUCAAGAAAAAUAUUAUCAGAAAUGAUAUUUCAGACCCCGAUCCGCCGAUUUUCCGCGUCAGUAACAUUUCCUUAGAUUCGAUGGCGGUUGAUUGGAUACCCAAUAAUGCCAGCAUUUGGAGGAUGCCUGGCGCCGCUUUUUAUGUCAAUUACUCGAUUGAAGGUCCUUUUUUCAAAGGAAAACAUGAUUUAAAUCGAUAAAGACUAGAAAAAUGGACAAAAUCGAGCCAGAAACAGACAAUUUUCAUUGAAAUAAAGGAUAGAAAAAAGCAGAAAGUUGAAAAAAAGUAGAUUUUCCACUUUUUCCGCUAUUUUAGGGUCCUUUUGCAUCUUUUCUUUAUUUCAGAAACAUUUUUGGUCUAAUGAGAAUUUUUUGAUAUUUUUAAGAAGGAACGUUUUUUUUUGUUGAAUAAAAUACAUAUUUUAUAGGGUUUGGACCAGAAAAACGAAUCCCAGUAUCAAUGAAGACAAUUUUGUAUCAUUCAAGGAUAACCAAUGAAAAAAAUGCAGGCUCCAACGAGUGGGAGCAGUCCGAGACGACAUAUCUGCCGGUGACGCAGUUGCUGAUCAGCGGCCUCAAGGAGGACACCCGCUACCACCUCCAAGGCGUCUCGAUCGACGGCCCCCGGUGUACGGAAUCCGCCACACUUCCCAUCAGAACCAUGAGCCGCGAUUAUGCGAAUCGACUCAAGCAAGGUGGUUACAAAAGACUAGCAAAAAUGGCAUCUUGAGAAAGACAAAUGCGCUCCAUGGAUAAUGUUUUAAAAUGAAAACUCGGAUCUUGGUAACACGAAAUGAACGUUUCGGGUCAUUUCUAGCGACCACUUUAGGAGCGCCAGGAGGCUUAAGUGAUCCCCAGAGUAGCUCAGAAACGUCGGAUCAAGGUUCCUGAGAACCGAGCUGAAGGGAGAGCGACGUAAGACGUCAGAGAAGUGAUGUAACUUUAUCUUCUCUGACGUCUCUUCAGGCCGCUGUUGAUCUCUCUCUUUUACUUUCUGAAGCUCUUUCAACUUGGGAAAAUCUAAAGGAAGCACUCCUCAAGAUUCUGAGUCAUCAAGUGACCACUUAAGCGAUAUCUCUACAUCUCUAGCAUUCACUCUGACAUUGCUAACGCGAAACGGACGUGCCUGGGCAUUUCCAGUGACCACUUUAGUAGCGCCAGGAGGCUUAAGUGAUCCCUAGAGUAGCUCAGAAACUCCCGGAGCAAUUCCAGUUUUCGUUACCGAGUUCCGAGUCAGAAGAAGCUAUAAAUUUGAAUUUUAAAGUUUUGACCAAGAUCGAAAGUAAACUUUUAAGUUUCUAGUCAAUUUAGCACUGUCCAAGGUCUUGAAAAGUCUAAAUUUCCAACUUUUAUCGAUUUUUUGAACUUCUCUGAGUUAGGAUUCGAGAAUUCAUCUUUUUUCUUGGUUUUGAAAGUGUAACUAAUAAUUUUUUCAAACUAACUAUGAGUUUUCUUAACCCUUUACCUCAUUUUUGAGCUUCAAAUUUUUUUCUGAAGGUGAAACUUGAACUAACGAUUACUUUAAUUUUCAAAACUCGAUUAUUAACUCAUAUAAUUUUCUAACUGUGUGUUCAGAAUCGCUCCGAGGCGCCGCCUGGUUCAUCGCGGUUCUAGGAGCUCUGGGAAUCGCCCUUGGUACGGUUACCGUAACCUUCUGCUGUGGAAGUAACAAAGCUCGCGUCGACAAGUACGCCCUGCGGCGAAAGGUCCGAUUAACAGACUAAUCGAUUUUAACAGAACUUUUCGAUUUUUUAGUUCCUGUCAUCUUGAAAAUUGGGUUUUGAGAUGUUAUUGUAAUGUUUUCAGAGAAACGUAAGAAGCAGCCAUUAUAGGGGUCGAAAAAGUCGACCCCGUAGGGUUUUAGGGUCUGACCCCUUAGCCUCUAAAGCUUAAUUGGACCCUAUAGAGGUGCUUCAAUUUUAUCCCAUAGGGACCACUUUUACAAGCUUUAGUGACCCCUAUAAGAGACGAAAAAUGGUCGAAAAAAAGAGACCCUCGUUGUAAUUCAUAUUCACCGAAAAAAAAAUUUUUUGGACAGAAAUUUGAAAACUCUGUCCUAAUCGGUAGCUUUCAUGAAAUGGGGGUGUUUGUGGGAACAACAGAAAAAAAUUUGAACCGAGAAAAAAAAAUCAAUGUGUUUUUGUCCAUAGAGCAUUUUUGCUGCGAAAUGCACUUCGGGCCUGAUUCAAGUCUUUUUCGCUGUACUGAGAAAAUUUGAAUCUUCAAAAAAAAAAAUAUAAGGUAAAGUAAAACAGAAAAAAUCAGAAAUGGCAUGAAAGUAGUCUAUUUAUUAAAAUUGAAAUAAAAAAAGAAGAAAAAAACUGAAUGAUUAUUGCAGGAAAUCGAGAUCGGUCAUCAGCAGGACAACGAAGAGGAGAAACAAUUUCUGGAAUAUCAAUACGGGUUCAAACAUUGA